GGUAGGUAGGUGCUAUGCACUACCGGCGCUGCUGCGAUCUUCGGCGCAAUUUUUCGACUACCACUCUCUCUCUCUCUCUCUCUCUACUACUUCGUACCAGCCUCCAAUCUCGCACCAAUUGGCUCGGCUUCCGUGACUCCUACGAUGUGAGCUGAGCAUAACGCAAUCCCUAAUAAUUAUCGCCGGCAAUCUAUAAAUACCUUCCCCAUUGGUGUUGCAUCCCGCUCAUCAACUCUUGGAGUACCUCGCACGCUGCUACAAAGAAACCCCUCCUCCCACUCCCUCCAGAGUCUCCUCCACCUCGUCCUCCACCUCGCCCUCCAUUCGAACCCACCGACUCGACGAGCCUAGCUGCUGAGCCCGACCCGAGGGACUUAGUGCCCUUCAACCCGCUCUCCUUGACUCACCGUCUCUCUCUGUCUGUAGCUGUCUGCGGCUAUCGAUAGAUCAACGUGUGCCAGGUUAGCUUUGAAUCACUUGUUACCCGGGUCUAGACAUCCGCAAACUGCUGUCCCUCACUCCGCUACAUCUACACCACCAUCUUGCAUCUAUCGCCAUGAUCUCUGUACGAGCUGUCAGAGUGGCUUUCCGAGCUGGUGCUCGUCGCGUCUCUCCUCGACCGACUAGCCUCGGCCGCUCGACAUUCGCUGCUGCUCGCCGUGCUACCUACACCACACGAUCAAAUGCUAGUGACUCGGCCACUCGCGCCGCCGUUAUUCAGGUAUUGAACAAUGUCGGCUCUAAGCGAGAGGUUCAGCAAUACCUCUCCCACUUCUCCUCCGUCUCGUCCCAGCAGUUUGCCGUUAUCAAGGUCGGAGGUGCCAUCUUGACAGACUAUCUUGACGAACUAUGUUCUUCGCUUUCAUUCCUGUACCAUGUUGGCCUGUUCCCUAUCAUCGUCCACGGUGCCGGUCCUCAACUUAACAAGCUCCUCGAGGAUGCGGGUGUCGAGCCUCAAUUUGAGGAAGGUAUUCGUAUCACGGACGGAAAAACUUUAGGCAUUGCAAGACGAUUAUUUUUGGCCGAAAAUUUGAAGCUCGUCCAGCGCUUGGAACAAGUGGGCGUUCGUGCCCGACCCAUUACAUCGAGCGUUUUCACUGCGGAUUACCUAGACAAAGACAAGUGGAAUCUUGUUGGUAAAAUAACCGAUGUCAAUGAGGAGCCUAUCCAGACUGCCAUUCAAAACGGCUAUCUCCCAAUUCUUACUUCCAUGGCAGAGACUACCGAGGGGCAAGUCCUGAACGUUAAUGCCGACGUUGCCGCUGGGGAGCUCGCCCGUAAGCUAGAGCCCUUGAAGGUUGUCUAUCUUAGUGAGAAGGGCGGACUCUUCGAUGGCGACGCGCAGAAGAUUUCUGCCAUCAACCUUGACGAAGAGUACGAUCAUCUCAUGAGUCAGCCAUGGUGCCGAUAUGGUACUCGUUUAAAGAUCAAGGAGAUCAAGGAAUUGCUUAACAACCUGCCUCGAUCUUCCAGCGUUGCCAUCAUACACCCUGGCGACCUACAGAAAGAAUUGUUCACGGAUUCAGGAGCCGGUACCCUCAUUCGCAGAGGAGAUAAGCUCAUGACUGCUACCAGUGUCUCAGAUUUUGCAGAUGUCGCUAAGCUUAAGGAGGUUCUUGUUAGAGAUCGGGAAGUACAAGAUGCUAGGGCUACGGUCGAUCGAUACCUGGACUUCUUAAAAGAGCGCAAAUUCAAAGCCUUCUUCGAUGAGCCUAUGAAAGCACUCGCAGUCGUUCUCGAAUCCAACGCAGAAGAGCCUUACGCAACACUCGCCACUCUGACCAUAACCAAAUCGGGCUGGCUGACUAAUGUCGCAGACAAUCUUUUUGCGGCGAUCCAGAAAGAAUAUCCUAGCUUGGUCUGGACAGUCAAGUCUGAUGAUGAGAACCUCACCUGGUUCUUUGACAAAGCGGACGGCAGUCUUGUUAGGGACAACGACGUCAUGUUUUGGUAUGGUAUCGAGCCAGGCGAGCAGCUCAACAGGCUGAUGAAGGACUUUACAACGCAUGGUCGAGCGAUGCUCGGCGAUUCCAACCUCGAAUCGCGUCUCCACAAAGCAGCUCAUAUCGCCUCACAAAACCUGAAGACUUACUUUGGUACCGGUUCCGCAGCCAAUCAGGCGCGAGGUUAUUCGACUCUGGCUCGCCGCCCUUUAAAGGGAGCUGCCCCUGCCAGUGCCCUUCCUAGCUUCGUCGCUCGGGAUUAGACGGAUAAUUAGUUUUUGUGGCAAGUAGAACGAAUUAACACGACAUGUCUAAAAAGGUUUUAGGGGGGGUUGGGGGUUUGAUGACACGGUUUCCCAGAUAUGGCGUUCAGGGUUAUUUUAUGAUGAGGAGACUUGACCAUGGCAAUUACGCUGUUCUCUUCGGGUUUUGGUGUCUUGGUGAAUCAUUAUGCGCAAUUAACUGUAUAUACCUACCACGGUCACAUGUGACCUAUUAGACUGCGUGGUAUUGCAAGACAGACUAGUAUUACGAUAAUCUUGUGAAGCACGGGUUACCUUGUGACGGCAUUUGACGGUGAUUGAACGUUAUAGGUUAGCUGGAUGGGCUGUUGCUAGCGCUCGGGAAAUGACAUCAAAUCCCUCUUGAUAGAUACAGUACAUGACGGUAUCGUGAUAUUUAGGCUGGUUAUGUUUAACGGAGAAUGCCCAUCUAAUUCCCUGCACAAUGCUUUCAUGUUGAAAAUUUCAUUUCCAUUUCUUCUACCUACAGCAUCAAUCAUACCUCCAAUAUCAUUUC